AUGAGAACACAUACUGCACAUACUGGUGAAAAUCCUCAUAAAUGUGAUGUUUGUCCUAGCGAAUUUUCUCAAGGUAGUCACUUAAAGGCACACAUGAGUACACAUGCUAGAAAUAAACCUCAUGGCUGUGAUGUAUGUGGUAAAGGUUUUAGUUUUCUUAGUAAUUUACAGAGUCACAUGGGAAAACAUACAGGCGUUAAACCCCAUGAGUGUGAUGUAUGUGGUCAACGGUUUAGUCGGCGUUGGAGUUUACAGAUUCACAUGAGAACUCAUACAGGUGAUAAACCUUAUGACUGUGAUGUUUGUAAUAAACACUUUAGUCAGCUUGGAAGUUUACGGCUGCACAUGAGAACACAUACAAGGAAUAAACCUUAUAACUGUGAUUUAUGUGGUAAAGUGUUUAGUUGGCGUGGGAAUUUAAGGACUCAUAUCAGAACACAUACAUGGGACAAGCCUUAUGACUGUGGUGUAUGUGGUAAAGGGUUUAGUGAGAAAGGUAGUUUACAGAGACACAUGAGAAUACAUACAGGGGAUAAACACGAUAAACCUCAUGACUGUGACUUAUGUGUUAAAGGGUUUAGCCAGCUUGGUAGUUAACAGAUUCACACGAGAACACAUACAGGUGAUAAACCAUAUGACUGUGAUGUAUGUGGUAAAAAGUUUAGUGAGCAAGGUAGUUUAAAGACUCACAUGAGAACACAUACAGGGGAUAAACCUUAUGACUGUGGUGAAUGUGGUAAGGGGUUUAGUAAAAGUAGGAGUUUACGGGAUCACAUGAGAACACAUACAGGUGAUAAACCUGAUAUAUGUGAUGUAUGUUG